GGUAUUUUGUUUUGGUUUUUAUUUAUGUUUUGAUUUGUGCUCUUAACAAAUAGUAUUAAUUGCAACUUACAAUUUGUAAUAGUAUUUUCAAUGAAGUUUAGUUAUGUGAACUUAUUAAUGUAGAUAAAAUCAUUACACCGAGUUGUACUACAAAAUGGCCACAUCGCCCGUAGCCCAAGUACAAGACGUGUGUGCGUCGGACCCAAAUUUUGCAGUUAUAUUUGCAUUCUGUGAACGUUUUGGUAAUCUUUGUGGUGUAGAUAUUCCCACUUUCCAGGAAUUACAAGAAAUGUUGGAAAAAACCAAUGAAGUUCCAAGUGCUUUGGUUGAUUUACAUGUAAAGCUAUUACGCAAAGUAAAAAAAAGUGUACACGCAGACAAGUGGGAAAAGGCAAUUAUAAAAUUUUGUCAGACAUACUCGAUUCCUGAAAGUUGGGAAGUGGAAUGUUAUGGUUAUAAAGGGAUUUCUACGCAACUCAAAUUAAAGAUUUUAAAAAAUUUGUUUGAAGCUCAAUUCGAUAGUAAUGUCAAGUUUAAAGCUGAAAUUAAUAAACUUGAAAGUUCAGCCCUACGUUCUCAACCUCUAGGCUGGGAUAAACAGGGCAUUGCAUAUUGGGCUCAAUUUGAUCGUUCAUGUAAUCUUCGAGUUUAUAAAGAGGACAUUGAAGAAGAUACUUGGAAUAUAGUGGCUAGAGACAGAGGUACAUUAGUAAAUUUUAUAAAUGAACUUUCUGGAACAAAUGAUAAAUUACUUGAUGAAGAAGUUGAGGACAGCAAUAGCAUCGAGAGUACUUCAGAAAUUGAAGCAGAAUUAUCUCCGGGUCUAGAUCAAGAAAAGGACGAUUCUUCAUCUACAAAAUCAGAUAAAAAUGGAGAUAUUGAUUUUAAUGUAAAUAAUUUGGAAAAUAAAACAAACGAGUUAAAUGUACCUACCACCAACUUCAAAAGAAAAUUCAAUGAGGAAUCUGAGAAAAUUUUUAUAGCUGGUGAAAACUUAAGUGAUCCAAUAGUUGGAGAAGUGAUUGAAGAAUCAGUUAUGAUGAUAAAAGGAGAAGGUACAGGCCAGGAAUGUGACACUGGAAAUCCUGGUGAAAAUGAACCACAUGAAGAAAAUACUAAAGCCGAUGAAGUUAAGAAACCAAAACUAUGGAGUAUCGAAACUAUUUGUAGUUCGUCGAAAGAAGUUCAAGAAGAAAUUAUACCAGUUCCCAAAACGGGAUUUUUUUUUGGUGACGACUCUGUGCCGUGUCUUCCAAAUAUUGAAAAUGAAGACAAGGCAAGAGAUAAAACUGAAAAUAUAACUGUAAAAGAAACGGUAAAUUUAAAUGAAAAAAAUGAAUCACAUGACACCAAAUUUGAUAAUCUUGAAAUAUCUAAUAAAUUAUUAGAUACUGAUUCUAAAGUAGUUUUAGACAAAGUUGAAGAUUUGUCAAGUAAAAUGAUUCCAAAACAGUCUGUAUUCAAUAUAACGAUUCACGAAAAAGAAAUUCAAAUUACAGAGCAAAAUUCAAACGAAGCAUUAAGGAAUGCAGAAAAAUCUAACAACAGUAGAAAUUAUGAAAAUUCCGAAACUAAUUUACUUCAAAAGUUAUCAAACGACUCUGAGCACAUCAAAGAGUCAACAGAAAAGGAAUCUAAAAUUGAAUGCAAUCGACCGACUGAAGUUAAUAUUAUAAUUGAUAAUCAGUUAAUAGAUCAAAAUUGUUCAAAUGCAAACAAUACAAAUAUUGAAAAUGUGUAUUCUGAUCAAAGUAAUUUAAAAAAUACUACGAAAAAUUUAGCGUUUGAAAUUAGCAGCCAGUCAACUAGUAGUGAUAAUAAAACAGUUGCAGAUAAAAAAAAUCUCAACUUAAUUAUAUUAGAUAAAAAUUUAAUUGAUACUGUCGAACAAGAUAAAAAAAUUGAUAUCAAAAAAUCAAAAAAUGUUUGUGGUAUUAAUGAAUGCAGUAAUGUAGAAUCUAUCAUUGAUGAAUCGAAAACUGAAAAUAAUCAAAAUGAAAAAAAAGUUAACAAUUUUAAUGAAUGUGUGAAAGUUGAUAAUUUAAUAGCACCCACAGGUAAAAUCAGUUCUUUUGAUAAAACUGAUAUUUCUAUUCUUAGUAAAUAUACUCUUGAUACAAAUGAUCAAUUUAUCGAAACAAAAAAAGAAUUAGAAAAUAUUUCUGAUCAAAGUUAUGAAUCAGCUGAAAAUAAAUUGCACGAUUAUAGUAAAAACUUAAAAGCUGACAAUGAAAAAACUGGAUCGGCCAAGUAUGAAAAUAUAAUUAAUUGUAAUGCGGUUGAAACUAAUAAACCUUUAUCAUUUCGUCAUAGUGAAAAUGAAAAAUCAUCUAGUAACAAUAAGUGUAAAAAAGAAGCAAAUAGUGAAAUUAAAAAUGAAAUUUCUGAAUUAGACUAUAAUAAUAAACAUACUAUAGAUAAUUUAUUAUCCAACCUUGAUGAUAAUGGCCAAAACACUGAUAACAAUUAUUCCUCGAGCUCCAAGUUGGAUAAAAACUAUGCUGAAUGGAACAAGAAAAAAUCUGAAAAUAAUUUAAUGGGCCAAAAAUUACCAGUAGUGAAUUUGUGUGAUAAAUUAAAAUGCAGUACAGAUGAACUAGAAGUAGAAAAUAAGAACUCGCCAAAAGAUCCUGUUUUUGACAAUGUCGAUAAAAAUUCUGAAAUAACUUCUUUGGGUAACAAUAAUAAUAAUAAAAAAGGUAACCUAAAGAACGAAUCUUCAUCUAUUGCACAACAAAAAAUAGAUAAGCCAUGUAGUACUGUUAUGUAUGAAUCAAAUGACAACAUUAAGGAAACUAAAGUAAUAGACAAAAAAGAAAUUGAUCACACACUUAACAAAGAAAGAACUAAUUUUUCAAAAGACGAGGAAGAUUUUUAUUUAUCAGUCGACUGUAAAAAUGAAACUGAUGUUGAAGAUUCACCUAACACAAAAACUGAAAAAAAUGAUACCCCUACGAUACCUGAAAGAUUGCCAACGUUAGAAAUGCCAGUAAAAAUAGGCGAGCAAUUUGAAGAAAAAUCACAUAAAACUAAAGAAUUUAAUAGCAUCGAAAAACCUAAAAAAAGGAGAGAGCGAAAAAAAUCUGUUGAAUUGGAAGAAGAUACAGAAAGUGUUUCUUUGGUGUUAACAAAUAGUUUAGAAGCAGAAGAGUGUCUUUCUCAAGUUAAUACAUUUGAAGGUUCUGAUAAACCUGAAAAAGAUAUUGAAAAAAUUGACAACGAGUUUAAUGAUGAUGAACAAGCUGAUGACAAUGAAGAAUAUGAACAAAAUAGUGAGAAAAAUGAAGAAUCACCAAAAAAAGUAACUAAACCUGUCGGUAGAAAAAAAAGAAAAAGGGGCAAAGCAAAAAAGAUUAUUGUGAAAAAAGUAAACAAAGACAAUGAAGAAGAAAAAGUUAAAAAGCCACGUAAACCUCGUCAAAAGAAAGUAAUUCCUUUAGUGGAAGAAGUAGAAAUCAAACCCGAAGAAAACGAAAGCCAAGAUAAUAUUCGUAGAUCUAGACGUAUUGCUGAAAUAAAAAUUAAGGAACAAGUAUUACCAUCUGAUAUUUAUGAUAAUGAUGACGAUUCAAAAAGUUCAACAAAAAAAGAAAAGGGAAGGAAAAAAAAUAUUCAAACUAAAAAGGUCGUAAAUCUUAUACAAUCAGAUGAUGAAGAUGACGAAGACGAAAGCACAAUUAAUAAAAAAUCAAAAAAAAGAAGAAAGAAGGGCAAAACACCUAAUUUAAAAGGGUUAAAUAAAAAAAAUCCUUGGAAUGUAGAUUCAGAUUCCAGUUCGUCUGAUAACAAUGCUGAAGAAUUUGAUGAUUAUUAUCACGAAGAGGAAGAUGAAAUUCCUAGGCCAGGAAUCGAACCAAAUGUUUCUGAUCAUGAAUUUUCUCCUGAAUCUGAUAUCAAUGAAGACGAUGAAGAAUAUUUACCAGAAAAAAGAGCUCGAACUGCUCAUAAAAAAAGCCAAGGUGAACAAAUCAUUGAUGACAUGCCUUGUCAAAAUUGUAACAAAAGUGAUCAUCCUGAUUGGAUUCUACUAUGCGAUACUUGCAAUCAAGGUUGGCAUGCUUCCUGUUUGCGUCCAGCUCUAAUGGUUAUACCCGAUGGUGACUGGUACUGCCCCCCUUGUAGACAUGAGUCAUUAUUAAACAGCCUAAAAGCUACUCUAAAAAAGUUUGAUAGCGAGGCGAAAAAACGAGAAAAUGAAGAAUUAAGACGUAAAAGGUUGGCAUAUGUUGGGAUAAGUCUACAAAAUGUAAUAUCUACCAAAAUCGAAGACACUAAAAGUAAACAGAGUAAAAACGAUGCAACUUCUGAAGAAGAAGAGGAAGAAGAUGACGAUGGUGAUGAGUCUGAAGCGUCUGAUUCCAAUGACUCUGAACCGUUGUACAAGUUAAGAGCACGUCGGCAAACAAAUGUCAGUUACCGCUUUAACGACUAUGACGACAUGAUUAACGAAGCAAUUUCAGGAGAAACUGGUAAUGAGGUUACAGAUAUUUCUAAAACUUCUCAACCAACAAAAGAAGGUGAAAAUGAAAAUUCAGAUUCGGAAAACGAGUUUAGUAAACCAGAGGGAUCUCCUAUUGCUCCAGCAUUAUUACAUUUGUCGAGGCGCAGGAAAUCAAAAAAGUUAACAAACUUGGAUGUUACCUCUGAUGAUGAUUCCGAUGAUGAUUUUAAAGGACCAUCUGAGGAAGAAGAUGAAGACGAGGAAGAAGGAAGCGAGUAUAGUGAUGAUUCUGUUAGGAAACGCCCUCAACCAACUAGACGGUCUGUAAGGAAUCGUAGAACAGUUGUUGAUCCCGACUUCAUCAAUGACGAUACAAGUGAUGAAAGUGAUCACAAGAAAAAGAAAAAGAGAACUAGAGAAUGGUCAGAAUCCGAAGACAGUGAAGAAGAAGACAUAACUUGGGGGAAAAGAGCUAAGAAACGUGCUAAUGUAUCAUCAACAUUUAAACAAUCUAAAGUAUCGAAAAGGAAACGAAAAGCAAAUGAUAAUUACAAAGUACCUGGUAGACCAAAGAUUCAGUAUGGACUUGAUUCAGAUUCUGAAUCUGACGGUAAACCUUUAAGAAAAACAAGAAAAAAACAAGUAACUUAUGCUGAAUCUGAUGAUUCUGAAGAAGAAGUUAAACCAAAACGAUCAAAAGCUUUGAGUGAUGACGAAGAUGAAUAUGUGUUAAAUGAUGAUGAACUUGAUACAGAAAAAGAUGACAUAAAUGAAGACGCAGAUGAUAUUGAAGAUGAAGACUUGCCUAAAGAUGACGAAGACAAAGAAGAAACCUCGACAACUCCUGUACAACGUAUUGCAACACCGGUAAAAUCUCCGCAACAAGCUGAUGUACCUGUUCAGAAACCCGUCAAAGACGAAUUACCUCUUGCUGAUGCGAGUUGCGAUCCACCGCAAGUAGACAUCGUUGGAAAUCAUACAUCUCCAAAUCAACGGAUAUUGCCCAUCCAACUGGUAACAGACAAUCCAGCAGAUAACAAAAAAGAAACUGUAUCUUCUCGUUCCCAAAAAUCACCUACCGCCAUUGAUUUUUCGGCUUAUCCGUAUUCGCCGGAGAAAGUUGCCAUUCCACCUCCUACCCACGCGUACCCUGUACCACCUAGGCUACCCGUUCAAGCGUUUGUAAACAAACAAGUGUCGUCCCCCGUACUGCCUGUUCCAUACACGGGUUAUAGAAACAAAAUUCCCAUCAAUCCGGCACCUUAUGGUCCUAUCCCUCAGGGACAACAAGUGUACCACGCCCCUGGUAGUUUUUCAUAUCCAGUGGAUUAUGGAAAUACUGCUGCGUUACAUCACCAACAACGACCACUACCUCAAGGAUUCGAACCAGCGUUAAGGACCACUGUCCUCCCACCAACACACGAAGUUCCCAGAGGUAACGAUGAAAAUCCUUCUAGCGAAUUCGGCGGCUUAGUAUCAUACUUUUCAAGUCAACAAGAAGAUGACUUUGAUGCAUGAUUUAAUUAACUUAUAAAUAAUUAUUUUAUACAGCCUAUCCUUUAGAGUAUUACUAUUUUUUUUUGGGUAACCAUUUAUCUAAGAUCUAACCAAAACUAAUUACAAUUUGUUAGGAAAAUUUUUAAAAUUUAGGCUGUGCUUCAUAAUUAAUAGUUCUAGCUUAAGAAUUGUAAAUCAUCAACAAUCUUGAUUUGUAAUAUCGAACAAUUGUUUCACAUACAAAACAACAAUUUACGUAUUCUAUCUAUUUAUUUAAAAUUAUGUCAAUUUUAAUUUUGCAAUAGUGAGAGUUUUUUCUUUACAUUUUUAUUAUUAUUUUUUUUUAUUGAUCAUUUAUUUAAUUAUUAUUAUUUUGGCCCCAAAAAUAUACUCUAAAAAAUACCUAGCGGACAAUUUUGCUCGUAUAAUGUAAUAUAUGUAUAAUUUAUAAUUUAGACAUAGUGUUACGAAUCAUAAUGUAUAAGCUUAGUUUGUGUGAUUACACUAAACUUAUUGUUACGUUAUAAGUCAGUAGACAUGAUUAAAAACAGUGUUUAUAAUACAUGUUUCAAAUGAUCAAAUAAGUUUUGUAUAAAGUAUAUAUAAUUAAACUCUAGUUUUACUUUAUAGAUGUGUAUUCAUAUUUUUCAUAUAAAAUUUUUAUUUGUAUUAAUAGAUUAUUUAUUUCUCAUUUUACUUUUGUUAUUAAUAUUAAUAUAUAUGAAUAUAUUCUGACUCGAAUUGUCAAAGACCAUUGUACUCAGUACUUUUAAAAAAAAAUUAUUGGCAAAACUUAAAUUGAUUAUCCUUUCAGACUACAAUUUUCAACAAUGAAUAUAGUAUUUGUGUUUUGACAAUCUCGUUAGAAAUUAACUUACCAAUUAGAUUGUCACCAAAUUUCAUGUGUAUUUUAAUAAGACUUUUUUAAAUACUAAAAUACACACCAACAAUAUAUUAUUCAGUGUUUGAAUGUUCACAAAAAUAUUAAUUUUUUCCUGUUCAAUUUUUUUCUCGAAUAUUUAAUAUUUUUACAAUAAAUAAACACAUUAAUUUAGUUGCUUUUUUAUGAAAAUAGUCAAUAAAGUAAACUUUUAUACUUUACGUUUACAAUGUUAAUAUUUGAUAACAUUCACAAUAUAGUAACUAAAUAUUUAAUUAUAUAGAGACGGCCACCCUUUUCCUAAACUUCUACUUGACACAAUCUCGCACAUAAUUUUCAAUCGCAUCCAGCCACCUCAUUUAAAUCAGUUUGCACUCUAAACUGUAAACAAUACACAUCCCAUUUGCAAUUUAAUCUUUUAGUUGAGAACACACAUAUUUUCCAAGAAACAUAACACACUAACAUAUUAAUUUAAAUGAUUGUGUUCAAACUAAAAUAUUAUACACUUUAAUUUCAUAAAUUUUCUAUACUUAUUAUAAGGCUUAGGACUGUCUGAAAAUUUAUAAAUUUGAUGUAAAUAGUUUUAGAUAAAACUACUUAAAAAUCAUAAACCAAAAUUUAACAACAACAUAUAAUUAACAAAUAAUACAAUUUUAGUGGUUUACUUAAGUUUUUUUGAAAAUAAGUAAAAGUCAAUAAAUUCCAAGUACAGAUUAGUGUGUGUUUCUCAGAAUAGUCAAUCACACAACACAUAGUUUUCAUAAUUAAACUAACUUUGCAAUUUUUGUUAGCGCAUAAAAAGGUUGUAAUUACCAUUUUUUAAAUAACCUAAAUUCGCAAAUUGUAAAUUUUUUUAAAAUCAUGUUUUUUACUAUGAGUACUUGUAACCUUUAAGUCAAUUAUCGUCGUGCUUAAUUGGACGUUGUCAUCCAACUAAACACAAUUAAUAGAUGUGUGGGCAAACAAGAAGACACAUAUUAGCAGUAAUAUGAUCAAGUACGCAAACAAGCCACAAGAAAGUCUUCGUUUUAAGGAUUUUAUCUCUAAACAGUGUAUAAAAUUAUAAUUAAAAAUAAUGUUUUUGUUAUUUUUGAUACAGACCUGAGAAAACAGGCAGUAAAUGUAUGUUAAUUGAAUAUUAUUAUCUAUCCUAAAUUAAAAUUUGUAAUUAAUAUAUAAAAUACAAAUUUUUU